AAUGGAAAUUCAAACAAAGCACCAAUCCACACUUGAAUCUCAGUGUAAAUGACAAGUUUAUAACGCACACACAUACACAUUCCAAGUACGUAUUCAUUUGACAGGUCUCAUAUUGGAUGAGUGUUGAGCGAUGUUAUUUUCGCUCUAUGCAUGUAAUAAACAUGUACGGCGACGUGUCUUUUUCAAUCAAAUAAAACCACAAAAACGUUCCAAUAUUUCUUUUUAUUUAUAAAAACAUUAGUGAUUAUUUGGAAAUCAAAAAUCGAACUGAUUAAUAUUCAAAAUCACAUCGUUUUAGUCAAUAUUUGUAUGGAGUGAAAUAAUUGUGAUUGGAAAAAGAGCACCAGUUACAUACGUAGACACGAUACGACGUAAAGGGAAAAACCCGUUUCGAAUUGACAAUUCUGAAUGAAUAAAACUGAAUAAAAAUGAGUAAAAGGAGACGUUCUGUGGACUAUCCAGAACUAAAUGGAUAUGAAAAGACCGAUAUAGGUGCACCAUUGCUGGGCAUUGAAAGUCAUAAGCACGAUCAUGUGGAACCGGACAUUCGUGGUGAUCGUGCAAAUAUUGCGAUCCUUUUUUUCCUCUACCUACUUCAAGGCAUUCCAUUAGGCUUGACGGCGGCAAUACCGAUGCUCUUGCAAAAUCGCGGUGCGAGCUACAAACAACAGGCAGAGUUUAGUUUUGCCACAUGGCCAUUCAGUAUGAAAUUGCUGUGGGCACCGAUUGUUGAUUCACUGUUUUGGACCCAAUUUGGUCGUCGCAAAUCAUGGCUGAUUCCAACGCAGUAUUUAAUAGGCAUUUUCAUGCUUGUUUUGUCGUCGCAUGUGAAAUAUUGGCUGGAAGGUGGCCACCUGGAAGAUAGUGUUCCGGUAUUGACAGCACUAUUCUUUGCGCUAAACUUCCUUGCGGCAACACAAGAUAUUGCUGUCGAUGGUUGGGCAUUAACAAUGCUCAAGCGAUGCAACGUUGGACACGCAUCGACAUGCAACAGUGUCGGCCAAACGGCUGGCUACUUCUUCGGCUAUGUCGUGUUCAUUGCUUUAGAGUCAAAAGAAUUUUGUAACACAUACUUGCGUACGAUUCCAGAGGCAAAUGGCCUAAUCACAUUACCAGGUUUUCUCUGGUUCUGGGGACUUGUUUUCUUAGUAACAACAACGUUAGUCGCUAUCCUAAAAACGGAACGAAAUCAAUUGACUGACGACAAAGAUGCCACUGAGGAAGAGUUGAACAUUGUCGACACAUACAAAUUGCUCUGGCGAAUCAUCAAUAUGCGUCCAAUUAAAAUCUUAGCCGCCAUAUUGUUGACAGUGAAAUUCACAUUUGCCGCAUGUGAUUCGGUGACAUCGUUGAAACUAAUCGAAGCUGGCCUUCCGAAAGAUCGACUAGCAUUGCUUGCAAUUCCGAUGGUGCCUUUGCAGAUUUUCUUACCGCUGGUCGUUAGUAAAUAUACAACGGGACCAAAACCAAUGGAAAUUUACAUUAAAGCCAUUCCAUUCCGAAUUUUGUUCGGCAUUUUUGCCACUGGAAUUGUUGUUCUAGCUCCAUAUGCUAUUCGUUCAAAUGGCGAUGUGCCCAUUUACCUUUACAUCAUAUUGCUUGUGAAUUAUUCGUUCUAUCAAGUAUGUUUAUACUGUAUGUUCGUCGCAGUGAUGGCAUUCUUUGCGAAAAUCAGUGAUCCAGCCGUGGGCGGCACUUACAUGACACUUUUGAACACGAUAUGCAAUCUGGGUGGCAACUGGCCGACAAGUAUUAUUCUCUGGUUAGUCGAUGUAUUGACUUGGAAACAGUGCAUUAGCAGUCAAACUCGCCAUGAUGAUCUGGAACUGUUGAGAUUCAACAAUACAUGCCAAUCAAAAUUGGAGGAGGAGUCAUGCGCGAAAAUGGGCGGAAAAUGUGACACAACCAUCGACGGCUACUAUUUAGAAUGUUUGAUCUGUUUAAUCUAUGGAAUUGUAUGGUACAAAUGGGGCACCACGCAGAUUCGUCACUUGCAGGCAAUGCCAAUGAAGGUUUGGCGCGUGGUGAAAGGAGACAAAUCCAAGAGAUAGCAAUUCGUCUAAAUCUUUCAUAGAAACGACGCUGAAUUUUUUUUUCUCAAAAUACACACACACACACGAUUUAAAAUUCCUUUUUUUUAAUACCUCGCAAUAAGCCUAAACACGCGUCAGGUAGAAUGAAUUUUUUUUGUUCCGUUGUUUUUUGUUUGUUGUUUGGUUUGAAAAAAAAAAUUUAAACGAAAAUUGGCGGGCAUUAGAAUGUCCGGAUGUUCACUAGAGUGAAUCGAUUGAUUUUUAUGGAAGAUUUAGAGACACAUUUCAAUAGAGCAUAUAUUCCCACAGACUGGUUUCUGGUCCGUCUUUAGACAGUUCAAAUUUAUGCGAGAUUGUGUGUGAAAACCAAGUUACAGUAGCUAUACAAAUCAAUCACAUUUAAAUGUAAAUAAUUAUAAAAUGCACAAACUAAUUGAGUUGUUAAAUGUUUUUCGUACACAUUUAAGAAAUAUUUAUUGAAAAUAAUAUAAAAACAAAUUUAUGCUGGAAUUAUAUUCGAUAC